AUGGUAACUAAAACUUUAAUCACUGGCAAAAAGCAACUCACUGAAAGAAUAGCCAAAAAAACCAAAACUCCCCAAAAUCAAGUAUCUCGCAUAAUUGAUGAACUGCUGGAAGAAACCAAAAAAGCCUUAGUUAAAGGUGAAGAAGUCCGUUUACUCGGCUAUUUUACUCUCAAAACUACUAUCACUAAGCCUAGAAUGGCCAUGAAUUUACAAACCAAAAAGAAAAUGAAAGUACCCGCUAAAAGAGUGCCAAAGUGUAAAUUCUCUGCUGGCUUAAAAGAAGCAAUUAGUCAAAAAAAAUAA